ACAAGUAUGAUACUAGUAACUAAUAAAUAAAAAGGAUAAGUUUUGAGAAAAAUGAAUAAGUUAUGUAUUUUCCACUAACUCCGAAACAAAGCUAUUUCGUCCUUUUUUUUUCUUCUUUUUUUAAACUUCAAGAACAUUAUUGCCCAUAACAAGCUACGAAUUGAAAGGACGGGCAGACAUGGGUGGUGGUGCUCAUGCCUUGAAGAGAAUCCCUCGCAUCAAGUUUCCCCAGCGACAUGUUAAGCCUUCUGGUUUUACUUCCCAACAUGAGACAACAUCUGCAUCUAAGGAUGCUCCUCAAACUUUUUUCUCUAGGCCUUCCUCGAACGCGAGUGUCGGAGGAAAAGCUUCUGAUCAACCCAAAAGAACGCCAGUGUCUCAAGAGGAGAUAGAUUAUAUUAUGCUGGGUGGCUGUUCGUGAAUCUGGAUGGGAGAUUUGGAGACGGGACAUAGUACAAUAAACUUUUUCAUACACUAUGUGUGAGGAAGAUUGUGUUGCACCACAUUCCUUGGUUUAAGCAAUGGGGUUCUCUCUAAAAAACAUUAUUGACUGAUUUUUUUUCUUUGCUUUAUAGACAUUCUAUCUUGGAGUUAUAGAUGCAUUUGUCUGUCAUUUUGAGUAAAUGACCUCUAUUUUAUUGAAAAUAGCUCAAUGGUGCAUUAGUUACGGGUCCAUUUGGCCGGAGUAGAAUUUGAAAUAAAUUAUUGAAGUGGCCAAUGUACCGAAUUUGAUGGUAUUGUGGUGGGAGUGAUUGCAUUAAUUGAAUAAUGUGAAACUUAUUAUGUGACAAGACUAUAAGUGCAAUUUAAAAAUGAAUUAGAGAGUACGUC